AUGUCGUCGACGUCAUCUCGGAGAUUACAAGAACUAAUAUCGGCAGGCGCAAAGGACAUCGAAGUCUCCCAUAUCGCAGGUAAUCUUUCGGACGACGCCAAGCGUCGCAGCGUCAGUGCUUUUACCUACUUCGUGAGCACCGCGGACAAAUCAUACGGCGCGAAUGUUGGACAACGAUUGAAGCCCUUGGAGAUGAACGUGUGGAAGGAAGGUUCUGCGGCGGCAUAUGUGGAAACCGUAUUCGAGAUCACGGUUGAUAAAGAUAUGUGCAACGUGUUCGGAACACUACACGGUGCUUGUGCGGCGUAUAUAAUCGACCCAUGUUCGGUGUCUGCCCUCAUUACGCUGGGUCGCACGAUUGGUGUGGAUGGGACUGGUGUAUCUCAGUCAAUGAAUCUCAUUUGGCAUAGAUCUAUUCGGCUAGGCACCAAGUUACGAGUGGUAUCGACAUCGAUGUCCCUCCGCGGACGGCUCUGGGAUGGCGGUAAUCUCAUACAAUUACGAAACAUCAUCUUGGACAUUUGA